GAGAGAGAGAGAGAGAGAGAGAGAGAGAGAGAUUACAGAGAGCAUGAGGCAGGCGCAGUAGCAGACUCCUAUAUCCGAGAGACGGAGACAGACGGUGCCAGCUGCUAGCUAAGUUAGCUAUAGUAGACAGUUAGCAACUAGCUUCAGAGUCCUUGCGCCUUUACUACCUAUGAGUGACUGAGCAAAAGUGUGCGUGUGUGUGACAGCGCGUGUGUGUCGACGCUUUGAGCGCCCUGUCGGCUGUCCCGAAGUCACUCAGUGUGUGUGUGCGCGUGCGAGUGUGUAUAUAUAAACUCCCCUAUCUUCCUCGUCCGACCAGCAGCGUGUCUGUGUGUGUAUGAGGUGAGCAACACAUAAACACUCAUAGUCGACUGUUUACAUUCGGUGUCCGGUUACUUGCCAGCGGGAUUCACAUCAUUUACUGACACCGACACAGCACCAAGAUGAUGUUAAAGUACACUGUGGUCCGCGGCGGCCUCGGCCUGUUGGCCGUGAGGAGGACGUGUGUUUCCUCUCGCUUCGCCCACUCUGCCCCGCAGUACAAGUAUCGACCAAUCAAGAAAGUCAUGGUGGCCAAUAGAGGUGAAAUCGCCAUCCGUGUGUUCAGAGCCUGCACUGAACUGGGGAUUCGAACUGUGGCCGUCUACUCCGAGCAAGACACCGGACAAAUGCACAGGCAGAAGGCGGACGAGGCUUACCUGAUAGGAAAAGGCCUUCUACCCGUUGCUGCGUACCUGGACAUUCCUGACAUCAUCAAAGUGGCCAAGGACAACAAUGUGGAUGCCAUCCACCCAGGCUACGGUUUCCUCUCUGAGCGGGCAGACUUCGCCCAGGCCUGCUUAGACGCAGAUGUGAGGUUUAUUGGACCAAGCCCAGAAACGGUCCGCAAGAUGGGAGACAAGGUUGAGGCUCGUGCCCUGGCCAUCUCUGCAGGUGUACCUGUGGUCCCGGGGACAGAUUCCCCCAUCUCCUGCCUGCAGGAUGCAAAGGUGUUCGCCCAAAAACAUGGCUUCCCCAUCAUCUUCAAAGCAGCCUACGGAGGAGGCGGUCGGGGCAUGAGGGUGGUCAGAGAGUACGAGGAACUUGAGGAGAAUUACCAGCGGGCCUACUCUGAAGCCCUGACGGCUUUUGGGAACGGAUCCUUGUUUGUUGAGAAGUUUAUUGAAAAGCCGAGACACAUUGAAGUACAGAUCCUCGGCGAUAAAUAUGGUAAUGUUAUCCACCUCUAUGAGAGAGACUGCUCCAUUCAGCGCAGACACCAAAAGGUUGUUGAAAUCGCACCGGCUUUCCAACUGGACCCUCAUCUGAGAGACCGGCUCCACUCUGAUGCUGUGAACCUCGCCAAGAUGGUGGGCUACGAGAACGCCGGGACCGUGGAGUUCCUGGUCGACAGACACGGCAAACACUUCUUCAUCGAGGUCAACUCUCGACUUCAGGUUGAACACACGGUCACCGAAGAAAUCACGGAUGUGGACCUGGUGCACGCCCAGCUGCAUGUGUGUGAGGGCCGCAGCCUGCCAGAACUGGCCCUCAAACAAGACAAGAUCCGGGUGAACGGCUGUGCCAUCCAGUGCAGAGUGACCACAGAAGACCCCUCCAGAGGCUUCCAGCCGGACACCGGGAGGAUUGAGGUCUUCCGAAGCGGUGAAGGCAUGGGCAUCCGCCUGGACAGUGCCUCGGCCUUCCAGGGCGCUGUCAUUUCGCCCCACUAUGACUCCCUGUUGGUGAAAGUCAUCGCCAGUGGGAAGGACCUGCAGACAGCCGCCUCCAAGAUGAGCCGAGCCCUGGCCGAGUUCAGAGUGCGAGGGGUCAAGACCAACAUCCCGUUCCUGCAGAAUGUCUUUUCCAACCACCAGUUCCUCAACUCCACGGUGGACACGCAGUUCAUCGACGAGAACCAGGAACUCUUCAACCUCAAACCCACUCAGAACCGAGCCCAGAAACUACUGCACUACCUGGGUCAUGUGAUGGUAAAUGGACCGACCACACCCAUCCCAGUCAAGGCUAAGCCAUCCUCCAUUGACCCUGUCAUCCCUCCUGUCACCAUGGGCGACCCUCCACUAGGUUUCCGUGACGUGUUGCUGCGUGAUGGUCCUGAGGGAUUCGCCAAGGCGGUCCGCGCCCACCAAGGUCUGUUGCUAAUGGAUACCACCUUCAGGGAUGCCCACCAGUCGCUCCUGGCAACCAGGGUUAGGACCCACGACCUGAAGAAGAUCUCGCCGUUUGUCAGCCACAACUUCAACAACCUUUUCAGCCUGGAGAACUGGGGAGGUGCUACAUUUGAUGUGGCCAUGCGUUUCCUGUCUGAGUGCCCGUGGAAGAGGCUCCAGGAGCUGAGAGCUUUGAUCCCAAACGUCCCCUUCCAGAUGCUGCUGAGAGGAGCCAACGCUGUGGGCUACACCAACUACCCCGACAACGCUGUCUUUAAGUUCUGCGAGGUGGCCAAGGAGAACGGCAUGGACAUCUUCCGCGUGUUCGAUUCCCUGAACUACCUGCCAAACAUGCUGCUGGGCAUGGAGGCAGCUGGAGAGGCAGGCGGCGUGGUGGAGGCUGCCAUCUCGUACACGGGCGACGUCUCUGAUCCCAUGAGGCAGAAGUACUCUCUGGACUACUACAUGAAGCUGGCCGACGAGCUGGUCAAAGCUGGAACUCACAUCCUCUGUAUCAAGGAUAUGGCCGGCCUGCUGAAGCCAGAGCCCAGCAAACUUCUGAUUGGCUCUCUGAGAGACCGUUUCCCCGAUUUGCCCAUCCACGUGCACACACACGACACAGCUGGAGCCGGUGUGGCCGCCAUGCUGGCUUGUGCCGAGGCUGGAGCUGACGUAGUGGAUGUGGCUGUCGACUCUAUGGCCGGGAUGACCUCUCAGCCCAGCAUGGGAGCCAUGGUGGCCUGCGCCAGGGGGACCAAGCUCGACACCGGCAUUGCUCUGGAGCAGGUGUACGACUACAGCGAAUACUGGGAAGUAGCACGAGGCCUGUACGCUCCGUUCGACUGCACCGCCACCAUGAAAUCGGGCAACGCUGAUGUCUAUGAGAACGAGAUCCCCGGAGGACAGUACACCAACCUUCACUUCCAGGCUCACAGCAUGGGACUGGGACAUAAGUUCAAGGAGGUGAAGAAGGCCUAUACCGAAGCCAACAAACUCCUCGGAGACCUCAUUAAGGUGACUCCGUCCUCUAAGAUCGUGGGGGACUUGGCCCAGUUCAUGGUGCAGAACAACCUGACCAGAGCCGAAGUGGAGGAGAGGGCGGACGAGCUGUCCUUCCCCCUGUCCGUGGUCGAGUUCCUGCAGGGAUACAUCGGGAUUCCACAUGGAGGAUUCCCCGAGCCGUUCAGAUCUAAGGUGCUGAAGUCCCUUCCUCGCAUGGAGGGUCGUCCCGGCGCCUCUCUGCCACCCUUGGACUUCAAGACUCUGGAGGAGGGGCUCCGAUCUGCACACGGUGAGGAUAUCACCCCCGAGGAUGUGAUGUCGGCAGCCAUGUACCCAAAGGUGUUCCAGGAGUACAAGGAGUUCACCGCUAACUUUGGUCCAGUGGAUUGUCUCAGCACCAGGCUGUUUCUGGAUGGACCCAAGAUCGCUGAGGAGUUUGAGGUGGAGCUGGAAAGAGGGAAGAUCCUCCACAUCAAGGCGCUCGCACUGGGGGACCUGAACAAGGCCGGCCAGAGAGAAGUCUUCUUCGAGCUGAACGGACAGCUGAGAUCUGUGCUGGUUAAAGACACAGUCGCCAUGAAGGAAAUGAAGUUCCACCCGAAGGCCCAGAAGUCUAUCAAGGGUCAGGUGGGAGCGCCCAUGCCUGGAAAAGUCAUAGAGGUCAAAGUGGAAGUGGGAUCCAAGGUGGAGAAGGGGCAGCCGCUGUGUGUCCUCUCGGCCAUGAAGAUGGAGACCGUGGUCAACUCCCCGUUGGCCGGUACCAUUAAGGCUGUCCAUGUCACGGCCGACGCCUCCCUGGAGGGAGAUGACCUGAUACUGGAAAUUGAGGAGUAGAGUGAGGGGGGAGGAGAAGUAGGUGGGUCACUUAGGUCUUCUGAUUCUGGAAAUCGUGAGGUUGGGGGGGGGGAUUUAAAAAAGAAAAGAAAACAGGAAUCCUUUUCGUUAAACAAUCUGUGGCAGUUGUUUUUUCCCCCAAUUUGUAGAUAUUCUGUUCGGUUACACUGGGGAGACAAAAAGCACAGACGGCACUAAAUAAUAAUAUAUUACUGCAAUGAGGAUUCCUUAAUGAACUGUACCACUAAUCAUUUAAUUCUCCCAAAAACUACAUGAAUCCCGUAGGUGUGGUGAUUAGUACAUCUCUUAACGUCUUGUCAACUUGUGGAAAAUAACAUAUCUUAGAAACACAUUAUAUAUUUAAAUUGUGAUACAUUCCAUUACUUGCUCGUCUUAACUGUGAUGUACAAACUGAGCUAAUCAUGUGUAACACUAACAGGGGCGUAACAUCUACUUGCAAUUAAAUACCACAAUUUCCAUUUCUAUGCUGUUGAUGUAGCUUAAUAUAUUCACAUUAGUAGAUGAAACUUUAUGACUGGGUUAAGAUACAAAGUCGUUGUUUAGUAUGUUCGCCUUGGCAAGACAUUACCAUCACAGUGCAGUGGUAGCGUCUAGACUCACUUUUCUUUUUCAUAGGGGACAUUUUUUACAUUGUUCUCUGGAAAGACAACAAAGCACACAUGCGCUGAAGGAGAAAUUACAAUAUUGUGUCCAACCUGUUUAAACGAUGAGAGAAGCACAACACAUUGACAGAUAAACUGGCCAGAAGCUAAAAGGAAAUAUCCUGUUACUGUAUCAGUAAUAGUAGAUGGUUUAUUUUUUUAAAGUUCUGCACUGGUGUUGAACAUGUUUCCCCAUUCACACCUUAGAGUGACAUUGUUGGAAAAACCCAAACUGGAUUAGAGAUGUGAUGUUUACAAAGUUGUGGCUUAAAUGUUCUUACCUUAAAACCAAUUGAGCUAUAUCUGCUGGAUCCUUUUAGAAGUGUCUCUACUUUUCCAACAUCACACUAUUAAAUCUUAUAGAGCCGCUCCAGCCUAUCUUUUAAUAACCAGGCAGAGAUUAUGGUGACUGUUUUCUGACUGCAUGGGGAUUUUAAUGCUAGGUGUAAAUGGGAUUACAUGGUGGUGUAAUGGAGGCAUGUGGUGUUAUUCUGAGGUUCUGCUGAUUAAUUUAUGAAUUAAUUCUCUGUCAAAUGAUGUGAAAUUAGCCGGACUAAUAAGAGACUCUGGAGACUCCAAGUAGCAGCACUCUGCUUUAUAUUUCUAAUGCGUGUCUGUGUUUGGAUAAAUGAGUCUGUAUGUGGGUGCAAGCACAUUUUAGUCCACCAGUCCUCAUAAUUUUGCACCUCCAGAGCUGAAAACCUAUUUUAAAAGAAAUGAAAUAUUCAUACACACACACACACACGUGCACUGAUGCAAAAAUAUUCACGCUAACACUCCCAACCCUUGACUGCUGCCCGGAUCAAAAGAAACCCACAGUGGUGUGGCUGCAUGUCAUAGUAAACUGUAACAGCAAUACUUACUCAGAUGUCUGCUGGUGAAGUUACUGAAUUAUUUGAACGUUUCGAACCUGAAAGUCAUCGAUGCUGUAUUGAAUGUUUAGACACCCUAAAAGUAGACGGUGAACCAGCAGGAGGAAGAACUUAGAUCACAGCUUCGACAGAUCAAUCCAAACACACAAUUUAAGUUUUUACUUGAUUUAUUGCAGCAUUUUAGCAACUUUACUAGUGCGAAUGAAUCCCCUUUUGAACUAUGCAUCAAUACUGAGCAGUAACGUUGGAGUUCAUUACACUAAUAUGUCUCCUCACUCUCCCCGGCCCACUGCCAUGCCCCACUGUACCUCCUGGCUUUAUCAAUUUGAACUCUUUUGAAAGAAUGAAUGAGUUUUUGACAAACUGCUGCACAAUAAUGUAAAGUUCCCUCCUCCUCUCCUUACUGGUUCUCCACCUUUAUCCUUCCUCAUCCAUCUGUCAAACCUCCUCUCUCAACAGUGGCAUCAACUCAUGCAAUAAUAUAAAUGUAUCGCAGUAUAACAACCACGCUUAUGACAAUGCACUACUGAUCAGUUUCUGGGGAGAAAAAAGUACACACCUGGAAAACGUUUGUUUCAGAAAGCCUUCUAUGGCAUUGAUCUAUUCUUGAGGUGAUAUUUUUUUUUCUUCUAUUGCUUUCCUUUGUGUGUUUUUAUGAAACCAAACAAAAAGUUUAUAUACUCUCUCAGUUUAGCAAUUUCAAAUAUACAUUUUAGUUAAAUAAAUGUCAUUAACUGAAGUAGUUUAAGUCCUAGGAAAGACUAUGAGCUGGAGUGCGCAAAAAGGGAAAUAAAAGAGAUAAUUGUUCUUGUUCUAUCUGUACUUACAAAUAAAGUUAACUGUAACAAUC